AUGUCCGCUCCGGGAGAACGCAAAUUCUCCCAAAAACUCAUGGGACUAGAGGCUUGCAACCUGCCUAUGGGUUUAAAUUUUUUUUUGCAUGUCACAGUAAUAGAAAAGAGUCCUGAUUCCGGAGGAAAGCCUGGUACGGUAGCGCCAGGAAGGACGGGGUUGCAGGAGUCAUAUAGGCUACCGAAACGGAAAAGGAUUAGGAUGACGAUCUGUACUUAUAACGCACGUACGCUUGCACCGGAAGCAGCAAACGAAGAUCUGAUGAUGCAAGCAAAGAAGAUCAAGUACGACUGA